AUGAUAACACAUAAAAGUCAAGGUCAAACACUCGGUAAAAUUAUCAUUGAUCUUAUGAUGCCACCUGACCCAGUUGAAGUCGCAUCGGCUUACGUUCCAUUGUCUCGUGUAAAACGGCUUGAUGAUUUACUAAUCAUACGUCCUUUUGAAUUCGCAACACUUCAAAUGAAGCCAUCGACAGCUCAGCUCGGAGAACUGAAGAGGUUAGACAGAAUUGCACAAAAUACUAGAAAACGUUUUCCAUUAUCUGUUUAAAACAAUAAAAUUUUCUCAGUACUCAAAUUUUCGUGAUAACCUGCGAGUUGUAAAGCAUUUACUAUACAUUGUAUGCUCGAUUUGUGUUCAUUUUGAUAUCUUA